GUUGCUGAGGCUGCAAACAGUGAGUACCGUGCUAGGAACAGCUGAAAGAGAAACGCCCUACCAGACUGAAAAGCCUCAGACAAAGAGGGCUCGGAAGAUGAUCAGGACCACGGUUGGGUCGCGGCUGGCUGAGAAGUUGGGAUGGAAAUUCUACGAUGCAGACGAUUAUCAUCCUCUAGAGAAUAAGAAGAAAAUGGAAAAAGGGAUACCACUAAACGAUGAGGACAGGAUUCCUUGGCUUUGUGCACUGCAUGAUAUACUAAGGAGAGAAGAUACAUCUAGACAAGAUACAAUUCUGGCCUGUUCUGCACUCAAAAAGAUGUACAGGAGUGUGUUAAUUGGUGGAGCAUCUGCAAUUGAAAGCAACCAGCCAGAGCAACCAGGAGAAAACUCAGCACUGAAGAUCCUCUUUGUUCAUUUGGAUGGACCUAAGGACAUAAUUGCUGCCCGCUUGGAGAAGCGGAGAGGUCAUUUUAUGCCACUUGAACUUCUCCAGUCUCAGUUUGAUACUCUAGAGCCACCCAGUGCACCAGAAAAUUUCAUUACUGUCAGUCUAGAAAAACCUCUUCCAGAAAUACUCCUACAGAUUGAGACUGCCAUUCUUCAGGGUGAGGCUUUGCCAGAGUAAUUUUCUGAAUGACACAUAUAGAAAUUCCCUGAAGGAUAGCAGGGUAAAGAGACAGAAUUUUAAUUAUCAAAUUGAUUAUGAAAUCAAACCAACUUAUUUUUAAGAGCAGGUUUACUACUCUUUUUUUUUAUCAUGGCUCUGUAAACGACAUUUAAAAUGUCUUUACAUCUUUUGCAUAUAUAAGAUGCAAGAACUGUUAACUUUUUAAGCCCUUCACUCCAUUAAGUUAAAAUUCUCCUUUUAGUAAGAGGUUGCUUUUGAAAAUUCUGGCAAGGGUCACACAGAAUGAUUUAUUUUCUUAAUAUUUACUCUGUCAGACACUGAGAUGGGCACAUCUGCUAUUACAAGAUUAAAUAAUUUAGCUGUGUUAAAAAUAAUGUCAUUUUCCUAGAAGAAGCAGGAACAUGCAUGAUGAAGUUCCAUACAUGACACUACCCCGUCUCUUAUUUUUAGUACGUCAUGCAUGUUAUUUUUCUUUAUUCCUGGGAUGAUAGAUGAACUCUUGUAGAACACCUCAUGUCUGAAAGCAUCUUUAGUGCAGUUUUUACCUGGGUAAGUAGUUGAAAAACAUUAGUCAGUGUUCUCAUUAUGUAUGGAAAUAGUAAAGGCUUUGUGGUUUACUAGACAAACUACUGUGCUUCAAUUAGUGCAAUAAAUGGGCAUUAUCUUACUGAAAGCAGCAGGUUUUAAGUUGGGAUUUUAGGCAUUAACUUACCCAGACAUAGUGUUUUCCUGUUUAUUUGUGACCAGAAGGGAGAACACCAGGCAGUUACCGGUUUUAGUCUACUGCAGGGUGCUCUCACCUCAGAGCCUGUUUGUUCCAAGAGCCAGGGUGCCAGGUGAAGACAUAGAGGCAAAGUGCAAGAGACAGGGAUGUCUGUAUGCUUAAUACCCUCAAAUUUCAGAGACCCCCUCAGACCAAGGAGUUGUCAGAUCUGUACAAAUUUUGUAGCUAUGAAAAUCACAGACACAGCACCCUCUUGUGGCAGCUCUGCUGUUAAUGAGAUCUUAAUCUUUUCCAAUACACGAUUUUACAAACAGCUGACUGAUGUACCCACUAUAAAAUACAGAUUUAUGCUUACUUCUUUCACACACAAUAAAGCCAGACCAGGACACUCUACAGCAGCUGCAUCCUCUCACACGCAGAUACGAUCAGACCUUCAAAUAUUUUUUUUUAAAGGGACAUUUUUAAGUGUGAGUUCUAAGAAGGCCAGACUGAUUUUCAGAUCUACUUGUCCACAUUUAUAGAAUACUCUCAAAGUGGCUUCACCACUUUCACCACUAACAAAAAAUUGUACUCAACAGUUAAAAAAUAAUUCUCUUUCAGAGAGUUUUAUGUAAGCAACUUGGAUUUUGGAAGGCUUCUAAACAAAGGUUGUACUUACAGGCAGUUCAUGCUUCUUCAAAUUAGGUCAGGGUAUUUUUCUUAGUAUUUGCUUCUAUGUUGGGAAUAUUUCCUUCCCUUACCCUUUUACUAUGUUCACAUUUUGCUUUUACUUAAAAAAUACUGCAAAGAAAGUUGUUGUCAACCUAAUCAGUUGUCUGUUACCUGCUAUUCUGAAAAGACAACAAAGCAUUAUUUCUGUUCAGUUAUAUUCUGUGCAUUACAAAUUAAUAGAUUAAGAUGUGAAUUCCUGCAAAACUAACAACUUAAAACUACUCUCAGAUUUUAAUCAAGCUGUGCACGUGUGCAUUGAUAGAAAAAGGUAGCAGAACAAUCCCUACCCAAACACAAUUCUACAACAUUUAAUUUCCUUGAUUUUGGUUUAAUUUAAUUUUUUGUUGUUGUUGUGAGGGUAUAUAUAUUUUUUUUGGUUUUGUUGUUGUAGGUUUUAAACUAACAUCACUAUUCUAGGGAUGUCUCAUUCAGGUUAGUUGGACAGGCUAUUAAUAUUUAGCACAUACACACUGUGUGUGUAUUUCAAAAUGUCUUUAGUAAAUGCAGCAAAAACUGAGGAGGAAACACCUGGAGUUGGAAAUUGCUGUCUGUCUCUAAGCACAAAUUAUCUGUGCAAGGUACAUGCACUAUACAUCCUAAGCACAGUUAUUAACAUGCUGUGUAAAUACUGUACCUACUACAGCAUAAAGCACAAACAUUUUUCAGUGCUAAGUGAGGAAAUAAAAAUGAAAUGCAAUCUAU